AUGGACGUUGCCAGUGUUGGAAGCGCCUCGGCCAGUUCCAUAUCCACGAGGCAUUCGAAUGCUGCCAUUCCCAUACAGGCACCUGCUUCGUGUCCCUUUUCAGGGGUAGCCAUUGACUCCGCCAUGUGGGAAUCCUUCCAGGCUUCACUGGCUAGUAAUAACAACAACCACCACCCUCAUCAUCAUCGCCGGAGGGAAGAAGAAUCCAGCAAACAAUUGCCCACCCUCAGUCGUAGGUCGACGUUUACGGCCAGGGAAAAUCCCCGCAAAGCCAUGGGUUCGAGGAGUCGAAGCACGAACUUGGUCCUCAACACUGACGACGACGCCAAAGCACGGCAUCGUCAACAGAUUCGUUCCCAGGCACAAGAACUCGUUUUCAAAGCCGAUAGUAUACUCAAAAAGGUCAAAGAACAGAGGAACGGCGACGUCGACGAGCGCAUAAUCGGAGGAGACUAUGAAGACCAUGUUCCUUCGGCUCCUCUCAUCGCCAUGGGGCUGGUCUCCAAACCCAGCAAGUCGAUUCGGGUACACGUCAUGAAUCAGACCACCAAACGACACAAAGAUCUCGUAUUGACGCGAUCCCAAGAAGAAAAAACCCUCUUUUCCGCAAUCUACAACAACCCCAGUGUCAAGGAAGCCAACGUUCGCAAAUGGGGAGGAAAAAUAGCUCAAGACGUCAAAAAGGGAGUGGCAGUCAUCCAGAUCCAAAUUCAAGUCGGAGCCAGAAAGGAUGACAAACUGCUCUCGGUGGAAGAGCUCAAGGAAAUUACAACCCAGCAUUUGUUUGACAGGGUUGCCGCCGAGAGCAGCCAACAGAUCGAUGCCGUUGUUCAAUUUUGCCUGCUGUGUGUGCCAAAGGAUAAUGACGAGACAAAAUCAGAAGCACAACAUGAGGUGACAGAUUCAUCAGAGGCCCUACCCAAAGACACCAACCAGUCAUCAACAGAACACGGCAACAACGAAAAAGCAAUUCCGCCGGUGGCAGUUACUGCAACAACGAUAAUGGCACCAACCAUGUCUGCUGUGGCUAAUCCAAGCACAAAGAAUCCCAUGAAUUCAAUUCGUGUCCGAGUCAUAAAUCAAACCACAAAGCGACAAAAGGAUCUCCUACUGAAUCAUGGGAGCACCCAAGGAGAGACUCUCUUUUCAACUAUCUACAACCACCCAACUGUCAAGGAAGCCCACAUCCGAAAAUGGGGAACUCCAUACACCCAAAAUGUCAAGAACGGAUUGGCCGAGAUCAAAGUUGAAAUCCUGGUGGGGGACACAAGAGAAGAUAAUGAUCAUGAUGACAACAAACUGCUAUCAGUGGAUGAGCUGAAGGAUAUCACAAUCCACAGUUUGUUUGAAAGGGUUGCAGCUGCAGCUGAGAGCACUCAACAAGCAGACCCCCUUGUCCAAUUUUGCCUCAUGUGCGUGUCAAAGGAUAAUGACAGCCAUUCAGAACCAGAAAAGGACUCCAAAGAUGCUGAAGUGAUACAGGAAAACAAAAUCAACAACAACAUCAAGAAUGCAGCACCGGUUGUGGGCAACACAGGGGAAUCAAAGUUGCCUGUGCCAGGCAAAGCCCCCAAGACAAUCUCGCCAACCACAUCAUCGUCUAUUCCGGCUGCAGACAGACAGAACAAAUCAAUUCGUGUCCGAAUCAUCAAUCAAACCACAAAAAGACAAAAGGAUCUCCUGUUUAAUCAUGCCAGCACCCAAGGAGAAACUCUCUUCUCUGCAAUUUACAACAACCCAACUGUCAAGGAAGCCCACAUCCGAAAAUGGGGAACUCCAUACACCCUAAAUGUCAAGAAGGGAUUGGCUGAGAUCAAAGUUCAAAUCCUGGUGGGGGACACAAGAGAAGACAGUGAUGACAAAUUGCUAUCAGUGGAUGAGCUCAAGGAUAUCACAAUCCAGAGUUUGUUUGAAAGGGUUGCAGCUGCAGCUGAGAGUACUCAACAAGCAGACCCCCUUGUCCAGUUCUGCCUCACAUGUGUGCCAAAGGAUAAUGACAGCAAUUCGGCACCAGAAAAGUACUCCAAAGAUUCUGAAGUCAAGCUGGACAGCAUCAACAGCACAGCGUCAGCAGAAGUAGGCAGCGCCGAGGAAUCAAACUCGGUCGCGACGAAAGCCCUGAACACCAUGUCACCAACCGUGUCAGCUAUUCCGGCUGCAGACAAACCAAUCGACUCAAUUCGGGUCCGAGUAAUCAAUCAAACCACAAAAAGACAAAAGGAUCUCCUCCUGAAUCAGGCCAACACCCAAGGUGAAACCCUCUUUACAGCUAUCUACAACAACCCAACUGUGAAGGAAGCGCAUAUCCGAAAAUGGGGUACUCCAUACACCCAAAAUGUCAAGAAGGGAUUGGCCGAGAUCAAAGUUCAAAUCCAGGUUGGAAACGAAAGAGAAGAGAAUGACAACAAACUGCUAUCAGUGGAUGAUCUGAAGGAUCUCACAAUCCAGAGUUUUUUUGGGAGGGUUGCAGCUGCAGCUGAGAGUACUCAACAAACAGACCCCCUUGUCCAGUUUUGCCUCGUGUGUGUGCCAAAGGAUGACAGUAAGUUCGUUGAAGAUGCAGCAGUGGCUCCAAAGGAUGACGGCCGGUUCACAGCUGAUAAGAGCAAUGUUGAAGAACCAGUCUUGAGUGAGGCAAUCACAGUGCCUAAAUCUGUCCCACCAAUCAUGUCAGAUCGCCCAGCCAUGGCAACAACAAUUCGAGUUCGAGUUGUCAAUCAAACUACAAAACGACAAAAGGAUCUCAUUUUGAGUCUAUCCGAGAACGAAACUCUCUAUGAUGCAAUCUAUGACAGCCCUACAGUGAAGGAAGCUCACAUUCAUAAGUGGGGGCCAAAAAUUGCCCAAGAUGUCAAAAAGGGAGUGGCAGAGAUCAAGAUUCAAAUUCAGGUGGGAGACAAAAGAGGUGAGGACAAUGACAAGCUGCUUUCAGUGGACAACCUGAAAGAAUUCACAACUCAGAAGUUAGUUGAAAGGGUUGCAGCUGAAAGUAGCGGAGAGAUGGAUUCCCUGGUCCAAUGUUGCCUCAUGUGUGUGCCAAAGGAUGUCAAGCCAGCAACUCAGGACAGUGUUGAGACGGAAGCCUCGAAUUCCGUAGCCAUCUCACUGCAAAACAGAAGGGUAACUGCAGAAUCAGCUCCUCCAAUUGCUGCAGUCACAGAGCCUCGGCAGAACGAACCAUCUCCAGCGACCAGGCCGGUACAAGUGCAGUUUCUUGCCAUCGAAAGAGAGACUUCCACAGAGAGAAUGGCCGAUUCCUGUGAUCAGCACAGUGAACCUGUGAUGGCGGCGACCCGGCAACAUGCUCUUACGAUCGCCAGUAGCAGUAGCGACUUGGCUUUGACGUCUUCACAGCCCAACUCUGUUUUGAGCGACCAGGAAAAGAAAAUUGCUGCAAAGGCUGAAAAGCAACCUGCUGUUCGAAUUUCCAGUUGCAAAAGCGAUGGGUCCUCAUUGUCGUCGACGCUGAACGAUCCGCCUUGGGGGAUUAGACGAACGAAUUCCAUUGAUCCAGAGACCUUGCCGCCCACAACAAGGAUUGCCCGACAAGAAGCUGUGAGAACAGGCAGCGAGGUGACCUCGACGUCCCUGCAGGCCAACCCUGAUGAGUCGACGAAAAGACCGCUUGCCUAUGGGCAUACAAUGUCAAUUGGAACUUCCUCCCAUUCUUAUUUCGAUUCUACUUUGAGCGAAGGAUUGGGGGCCAAUUCCUUGUCCAUGAUGGACAUUGAUGAUCAGCAAUCACAGGUGACCAUGUCCAUCCACGGCGAAGAUACCAAUCAGCAGCCACAAUAUCCUCUGGCCCCGAUCAACAGCAACGACAAAGCCAAGUCCACUCUGGGAGUACGAAUCAUCAACCAGGUUACAAAACGAAGCAAGGAUUUGGUUGUCGAUAUCAAUGAUUCAGAUACGAUCUUUGAUACCGUUUAUAACCACGAAGCGGUGAAAGCAGCCCAUGUGAGGAAGUGGGGAGGCCCCAUCGCAAAAGCCGUCAAAAAUGGAACGUCCGAAAUCAAGUUCUCUGUCUGGGAUGACAACACAGGAAAACCAUGGCGAGUCUUUGCCAUUGACGAGCUCAAGACGACGACCACCCGCCAGCUGUCCGAGCUUGUUUCCGAGUCGAGCUAUCUUGUCAAGAUAUAUCUUCAGUGUUGCAACAUGAACAGCAGCGGAAGCCUCAGCAUCAAUAGCAACAAGACGGCCACACAAGCGACAACCCCCACCAAGCGUUUGCUGCCCAAAGUGAAGCCUACUCCCGUGCGGCAAGCAUCUCUGAGAUUACAGAAACAUGGCAGGCCUCAAUUCUCGAUCACGGAAUCGUCAGAGUUUGUAGCAGAACAACCAAGCUCAAACAGGCCGAAAGCACCAGCAACAUUGAAAAUGAAAAUACCUAGCAGAUCAAGCCAUAUGAAGUUGGCUUCAUUCAUGGGGCGACAUGACUCGUGCCCUACAGACAUGACACAUUUGAAGAAGGGUAGCCAUGAAUCGUUGAUUGCGGCUACACGAAAUCGGAUCGAAAAGCAACAAUCGUCGCUGUUGGCUGGUUUGGAUGAAAGGCUUCAAGUUAGCCACGUCAAAUCUCAAAUUCCCAGCUCAAUGUCAGUGGGAAAUCUACAAAAUGCCGUGUGGGAACCGCGAAAAGCCCGGGCGUUACCUUCCCCGCGAAAGGUACGGGCUCCGAAUCGGCCUCGUAAUUUGAACCGUGCUACUUCGUUGGAUGGGUCGCCGUGUCCCAGCCGACAAUUGGAGAUAAUGCCAGCACCACCGGUGCUCAAGCGUCUUCAGUCAGAGACGUCCAUGCCAAACAACAAUGGCGCGGAAGACGACCAGAAACGGGAGAAGCUCAAGCAAUUCCUUCGUCUCUUGAGAGCCAAAAAGGGACCCGAAUUUCAAAGUCAAAGGACGUUGAAGGAUACAACUUCUCAGGAGAAAGAUGCGCCUAGCCAAAAGCCGUUGGCCGACAAAGCAACUCGAGAAGACGAGGCGCCUGUCACAAGCAUCGCCAAAGCAGGCAACCAACAAGUGGCUGUGCCAACUGUUGUUCAAACAAACGAGAAGUUGGGCGGUUUGUCCAAGAGGGUUAGUUCACUCUCAUUCCAGGGCAGGCGGCCCAGCUUGACUGUUGGGGCACCGAAUGCUGUCUUCACAGCCAUCAAUCGGAAUGCAGUUGAGAAAGACAGGAUAAAUCGUUUUCUUCGCUUGGACAUUUCACAUCAAAGCAUGUCUUCUUGUCUCAGUAUCAAUUCUUCCAACAAAGAGAUAAGCAGGACAAGCGACAAAGCAAGCAAGGAAAGCGACAGAAUUACGCGAUUCCUGGCGGUGCAAAGUGAAGGUGCCCAAGCGCAACAAGGAACUGGGAAAGAUUCGGUGGGAGGGGGAGGGUCGCGAACGAGUCGAAUAUCUGGGCGAAAGCGACUGGCUCGUCGGCCAUCAAUGGUCGGUCAAACUGAUAUCCCUCCCAUCAAAGAGAUAUCUGUAAUCCCCAAUGAAGACGAAGCGGUCCCGGCCCCGGUUCAGAAUACGGGCGUGUCGCUUUCGGCAGAUCUAGUUAAGGAAAUCUUUCCAUACCAUGUUGUUCUGGAUGCUGAUUUUCGAAUCACGCAAGUUGGCAACAAUUUCGAAAUGCUCAUACAAGAGUCCUGUGUCGUCGGCAGAAUCGUCAAUGACAUUUUGACAGUAACAAGCCCGAUUCCAAUGCCAGGCAAUUGGAACUGGUCAGUGCUGGAUAAGAUGAAAGACAAACAAUUCUUCCUGGAAACAGUCUUGAGCCCUGCAAUGGAAGAACAAGUAAGACUCAAGGGAACUCUGGUUGAGGUUUCCAAGUCGCCCAAGCAAGUCAUGUUUGUUCUUUUUCCAAAUGUCAAGAACCUUGCAGAAUUGGAAGAAGCAAAUCUCUCCAUGGCAGACCUGCCUCUACACAGUUGCCAACGUGAAGCAGUCCUUCUCGGGGAACACAACAAGUCAGAGGUGAAGCUGACAAACCAUCUCGACAAGCUGCACCGCGAUUUGAUCGAUUCCAUGGAGCAACAAAUCAAAGAUCGAACGGAAGAACUUGCUGAAGCUAACAGGGACCUGGAACGAGCAAACGCGCAGCUCGCAAUUCAGUCAGCCAGACAAUUGGAGCAUUUCGCCUGCAUGAGCCACGAAAUUAGAACACCUUUGAAUUGUAUCGUCGGGAUGUCGUCUCUUCUCUUGGAUGAUGCCGACGAGAUGGAUCCAAUGCAUUCAGAUUCUAUCCAAAUGAUCAACACGAGUGGUGAUCUUCUGAAAGCAGUAGUUGACGACGUUUUAGACUAUGCAAAACUGGAAAGUGGAAGCUUCGAAGUGGACAUCAAGGAUAUAAACUUGCAGCAUACACUAAGCAGUGUGGCGCAUUCGAUAUCGCAGAAAAUUCAAGACAAGAACGUUCGCCUUCGGAAGCAUUACUCUCCUUUGCUUCCGGAGACUUUCACGACAGACUCGCGGAGACUGCAACAAGUGCUUUUUAACUUGUUGGGCAACAGUGGCAAGUUUUCGAAAAAGAAUAGUGUGAUCGAUUUCACUGUCUCCGUUGUCCCGGUUGCCUCCACCGGAGUCAACCCCGACGACACUUGCAAUGGUGAAGUAGUUCGGUUCUCUGUCAAAGACUACGGCAAAGGAAUCGAAGAGAAAGACUUCAAAACAAUUUUUGAUCCUUUCUCUCAAGCUAGCAAGGAAACGCAGACUUUGUAUGGUGGAACGGGUCUAGGACUGUCGAUCACCUCCAAGCUUGUCAAAAGGCUGGGCGGAACGAUCUCAGUGCAGUCGGAUUACGGAAAGUUUGCUGAGUUCACGGUUGACUUACCAUUCAAGGGUAAACCGGUGAACGUUGCAAAGCUUCGAAAGAGGCUGCGAAACACAACUAUUGUGAUUGUGGAGCCAAAGCAGCACUACGACUACAGCUUCACGACGUACAAAAUCAAGGAGGAGCCCGUUCCAUUGCAGAGUGCUGAGAACGAAGCCUUCGAUCUAAAUGUGAUCAGGUGCGAGAACUUGGAGCAAGCACACAAAAAGCUCAGACUAGCCAACCUUGUCACACCUGACAAGCAUUUUGCCGUACUGGUUCAAGAGGACCUCUACGAAUUCGGAACCAUCGAAAGGCUGGAAGAAAUCUUAUGCAAACUCAACUACACUUUGAUGACAUUUGGACCGAAAUAUGCCGUUGAGAUGACCAAAGAUAGGCAUUUCAAGUCUUUGGACGGAGUAUUCCCCUCUGCGUUGCUUACGGCAAUCGCUGAGCACAUCGAACGCAGAAAGACCGAAAAGAUGUUCUCGAAUCGCCGCCUUUCGAUACUGAAAUCUCCACAAUCCAGUACGCCUCAGAGUGCUAGGAAUCUGUUCUAUGGUAUUUCUGAUGACGACAAGUACGGGAAGCUGUUUGCCCCGUUCACGGAGAGCAGGCGGCACUCGGCUCCGGGUAUCCCAGCCUUGGCGAAAGGUUUAUUCGCCGCAUCAACGACGACCAUCGACGUGGUCCCAUCGCUGGUUGUCAAUGACAAGGUUGUUUCGGCAGCUGCGACAGGGGCACAAGGUGGGCUGUUUGCGAGCAUCAACGAUAAUCCUGCUUCUCAAGGGGGGCUAUUUGCUGACAAAGAUGAAUGCAGUCCUCAAGGCGGGCUAUCUACUGGAGAAAACAGCCGACAACAAUCACUGAUACCAACAACUUCAAACCUGUCAAGUACAAUAUCCACAAGACAACCUACAGCCUCAGGCCAAAAUCUAAACGUCCUAUAUGCAGAGGAUAACACGGUCAACCAAAAAGUACUGGCGAGGGUCCUAAAACGUGUUGGGAUUACGAAAUUAACACUUGUCGACAACGGAAAGAAGGCAGUCGAUGUUUGUGAAACCCAGAAGUUUGACUGCAUCUUUAUGGAUGUCCAGAUGCCUGUCAUGGGUGGGCUAGAUGCAACUAAACUAAUUGUCGAGCGUGAUCCAGAUGCAAAGGUCAUCUUUUGCACUGCCCAUGCAUUGGAGGAGUUCAAGGCACAAGCUGAUGCUGUGGGAGGAUCAGGCUUCCUAUCGAAGCCCUUUCGACUUGAUGAUAUCAAGAAACUCCUGGCUGAUUUCAAAUUUGCUUCUCCAAGAGCUGGUGAAAGCAUCAUCAAUCAUGCACCACCGCAAGGGGCUGUGAACAACCAGUCUUGUCCCCAAGGGGAUCUUGCUGGUAGUAAUGGGGCUAUUAUUGAAGCCACCUCAGCACAGCAACCAAGGGCUUCUCCCGGACUGACUGUUGUCAACACCAGCAAGCCUGCUCCUAGUUCUCAAGGGGGACUCUUUGCUGGCCUACCUACUCCACAAGGGGGACUUUUUGCUGGUAUCAAUGGUGUGGUUUCUGCCACAGCAGCCACCGGAGCCACCCCUGACCAGCUACCUCUGUCUGCUGUUUCUGCUGCAACUGGUGCCGGAGUCAAACAUUUGCCGCCACAAGGUGGGCUGUUUGCUGGCAUACAGAGCAACCCCUGUCCACAUUGUGGGCAGUGUGCUGGCAUAAACAGCAACCCCAGUCCACCAUUUGCUGGCAUAAAGGGCAACCCCAGUCCACAGGGGGGGCUGUUUGCCGCUGACAAUUUUGGUGCAGCCUCAUCAACUGCCUUGGGAACCAAGCCUGGGCAAAAACCACAGAUAUCUGUCGUGGCUGCAGCAAAAUUAAACCCGUCGGGUACAGUAACACCAGCAGCAACAACAAGCAAACCUGCAGCCCCGGAACAGAAUCUAAAGUUUCUUUAUGCCGAGGACAACUUGGUUAAUCAAAAAGUACUGUCAAGGGUCCUGAAGCGCGUUGGGAUAACGAACUUAACAAUUGUGGACAAUGGGAAGGAAGCUGUUGAUGUCUGUGAGACUGAGAAGUUUGACUGCAUCUUCAUGGACAUGCAGAUGCCUGUGAUGGACGGGCUCGAGGCAACUAGAUUGAUUGUGGAGCGUGACCCAAGUGCAAAGGUCAUCUUUGUUUCUGCCCAACCAUUGGAAGAAUUCAAGGCAAAAGCUGAUGCUGUUGGAGGUUCGGGCUUUAUAGCCAAACCCUUUGGAAUUGCUGACAUUAAGAAAGUCCUGGAGGAAUUCAAGGGUGCCUCUGAAGGAGCAAGCAAGAACAGCAAUCCUGCGGCAAAAGUAGGCGCACCGAAGACCAGCACCGCUGAUCAAGCGGGGCUUCCUUCUGCUAUCAAUGGCGCCUCUACAAGAGCCAUGGGACCCAUGGUUGGCCAACAACCAGUAACUUCUGCUCCUGCCCCCACUGUUGUCGGCAGCAAAAAGCCUACUCCUCUUGUUCAUGGUGGCCUGUUUGCUGGCCUGCCAGCUCCUCAAGGUGGCCUUUUUGCUGGUAUCAAUGGCAAUGGUUCAGCUCCCCAGCGAAGCACCGCUGGCCAACAACCGGUGACUGCAGCUCCUACUGCUACCUCUCAAGGGGGUCUUUUUGCUGGUCUAACGAACAAUCCUUCCCCUGCUCCUUCUCCUGCUCCUCAGGGGGGGCUAUUUGCUGGCCUGGCUCCGACCCAGGGGGGUCUUUUUUCAGGUAUCAAUGGCACUGCAGGUAACAGCGGCACUGGCCAAACUUCUCCUGGCCAACAACCAAUGCCUGCUGCUCCUGCUCCUGCUCCAACUGGAGCCAACAGCAAGCCUACUCCUGCUCCCCAGGGUGGGCUGUUUGCUGCCGUACCUGCUCCUCAAGGGGGUCUAUUUGCUGGUAUCAAUAGCACUGGGGCUUCCACCACAGUUUCAGGAACCACCCCUGGCCAACAACAGCCAGUGCCUGCUGCUCCUGCUCCCACUGCUGGCAGCAGCAUGGCAGCUCCUACUCCUCAAGGGGGACUGUUUGCUGGCCUGCCUGCUGCUCCUCAAGGGGGUCUAUUUGCUGGUAUCACUAGCACUGGUGCUUGCACCACAGUUUCAGGAACCACCCCUGGCCAACAACAGCCACUGCCUGCUGCUCCUGCUCCCACUGCUAGCAGCAGCAUCACAGCUCCUACUCCAAAAGGGGGGCUGUUUGCUGGCCUGCCUGCUGCUCCUCAAGGGGGUCUAUUUGCUGGUAUCAAUAGCACUGGUGCUUCCACCACAGUUUCAGGAACCACCCCUGGCCAACAACAGGCACCUCCUGCUGCUGCUGCUCCGACUGCUGGCAGCAGCAUUGCAGGUCCUGCACCUCAAGGGGGGCUGUUUGCUGGCCUGCCUGCUGCUCCUCAAGGGGGUCUAUUUGCUGGUUUCAAUGGCAAUGGCUCCUCUUCCACGAUAGCUACGGUAACCACCGUUAGCCAACAGUCAAUGGCUCCUGCUGGAGCAGCGAAGUCAGAGCCACCCACCCCAAGAGGGUCCAAGAGCAGAGUCGUACCCCCGCAGCGAAACUUCAAGGUGUUGUAUGCAGAAGACAAUGUGGUCAACCAAAAAGUACUCCAGAAGGUUUUAGCACGGGUAGGGGUUACAGAUUUAACCAUUGUCGACAACGGGAAAAAAGCAGUGGAUCUUUGUGAGACAGAGAAAUUUGACUGUGUUUUCAUGGACAUCCAGAUGCCGGUUAUGGGAGGCAUGGAGGCCACAAGACUGAUUGUGGAUCGCAAACCAAAUGCCAAGGUCAUCUUUGUGACAGCUCAUGCACUAGAUGAGUUCAAAGCUCAAGCUGUUGCUGCUGGUGCCACAGGCUUCUUGUCCAAGCCAUUUCGCCUGGAUGACAUUCGAAAUCUGUUGUCUGAGUUCUUUGGCUUCUAG